CCUGCGACUCUACUUCCGGGGCGCAGAAAAUACAUUGCUGAAGCCACUAAAGCCGCUGGUUAGCGAUGUUAUGCGGCACAUUUGUUAUUUCAAAUUAUUUUAUGAAGCUGCUGCCUAAGCACAUAUCCACUGAGAAACAUGACAGAGCCACGCAACCCAGGAAUGUCCUCUGUCCCUCAAACAGCACCGGUGCACACGGACUCCUCCUCUGCGGCUGUAGAGAUGGACCCAGUGGAGUACACCCUUAGGAAGCGCCUCCCCCGGAAACUCCCAAAGCGACGGAACGACGUCUACGUCAACAUGAAGACCGAUUUCCGGGCUCAGCUGGCUCGCUGUCAGAAGCUUCUGGAAGGUGGGGGUCACAGGGAGAUCUGUGUCCACGGCCUGGGCCUGGCCAUCAACAGGGCGAUCAACAUCGCCCUUCAGCUGCAGGCCAGCAGCCAGGGGGUGCUGCAGCUGGCAGCAAACACCUCCACGGUGGAGCUCGUGGACGAUCUGGAGCCUGAAGAUCCUGAUGAAGCCGGGGAGCCCAUGACGCGUACACGCAACAACUCGGCCAUUCAUAUUAAGGUUUUCUACCCUGACCCUCAGUGACCUGAAAAGAGGUGUGUUGUGUAGAGGUUCUCAAUUAGUCUUUAAGUUCUAUUUGUUUCCUCAUAAAUGAGCAUACAGAUGUACAGACAGCUGGUGGGACUGCGUGUGGAGACAUGAUAACAGCACUAGAGGACUGCAAAAUGGAGCAGACAACAUACAGUCUGUUGGCUCUAUGUUUAUAAGUCAAAAAUAUUCCAAUUGCCUCAGUUGACUAAACAUAUUAUGGUCUUUUGUCAUGUGUUUUGUCACUUGUGAAUUGUUACCGUUGUUCCUUUUUUUUACUUUGCAUGCCUUGAAGCAACAGUGGUGUCUGACAGGUGAAGCCUCAGUGUAAUUUAAUAGUUGUAGACAUGGCUGUGCCAAAUGUAAAUGUACAAGUGUCUUUAAUUUUAAGGCCUAAGAGGCUGUGCAAGUAUUUACAGUGUCAUGUCUGUUUUUGAAGAUACAAAUAAUUAUAAAAACUGAAGUAUCCUAAGUUUCAAUUUCAAGGUGUUGUUGUAGUAAAUGUCCACUAGAUGUCAGUAGUCUCUUUCAAUUUGGUUUCAAAUCCUUGAACUGCUGGUGGUGUUUAUGUUCAUAAUGAAUAUGUAGGGGACAGUUUUCAGUAAAGACAAUGAAUUGGAUUUCUUGACAAAAAUAAAAUUUUCUGGAAUCUA